UUCAACCAACUUGGAUCGGUGAAUUGCACAGAGUGAUUUGUUUUGCUGUGUGUUUUGCCACUUGUGUAGGUUCUAACGAAAAUAUUUGCACAUUUUUGUUACAGAAGAAAUACAAUAAAAAUAUAUCGAAAUGAGUUACAUGUUAGGACAUCUUCACAAUGGUUGGCAGGUGGAUCAAGCCAUAUUAUCAGAAGAGGAUCGCGUUGUAGUAAUAAGAUUUGGUCAUGACUGGGACCCUACCUGCAUGAAAAUGGAUGAAGUAUUAUAUAGUAUUGCUGAAAAAGUAAAGAACUUUGCUGUCAUUUAUCUAGUGGACAUUACUGAAGUUCCAGAUUUCAAUAAAAUGUAUGAAUUGUACGAUCCUUGCACAGUUAUGUUCUUCUUCCGAAACAAACACAUAAUGAUUGACUUGGGCACCGGUAACAACAACAAAAUCAAUUGGCCACUAGAAGAUAAACAAGAAAUGAUUGAUAUUAUUGAGACAGUGUAUAGAGGAGCUCGGAAAGGCAGAGGUCUUGUGGUAUCACCUAAGGACUACUCUACGAAAUAUAGAUAUUGAAGCAACCAUCUCAGCUAUAUUGGAAUUUUUCUUCGACGUCUGUUCGGACAGAUAUUGCGUUUGGGGAAAUGUGAUGAUGUGACAUUUUAGAUGUAAUUGUACAAAUUAUGAUAAUUAUUAAAAUAUAAGUUUUAAAGACCAA